AUGCUACUGCGCACAAGUUCUCGCCUUGCCCGAGGCCUGCUUCCGAGGCGUGCAUCCAGAUUGACGAAUGCACUAGCAAGGCCUUAUUCGUCUAAGAAGACCGAAGAAAUAGAUAUAGAUGCCGUCCUCGCCAAACCCAGCUGGUCUGUCAAGUCCCUAAUUCCCAGCGAAGCCGCUAUCGAAUCCCACACGGUUACUCCGAAACAGUUAUACCACCUUCUCCGUCUGUCGGCUCUACCGCAACCUGCGAAUAAAGAAGAGGAGGAGGCCAUGCUGAGGACACUCGAGUCCCAGAUCCAUUUCGUGAAGGAAAUUCAACGCGUCGAUGCGACCGGCGUCGAACCUCUCCAAAGUAUCCGAGACGAGACCCCGGAGGCGAUCAAAGAGAGCACCAUCGGGUUAGAGCAUUUGAAAGAGGCCUUGUCUAAAGAGCGAGUCACUGGAAGGAGCAAGAGGAUACAGCGUGUUGAGACCGCGAGAAAUGACCGCCCAGAUGGAGAUAUCUGGGAUGGAAACGCUCUCGGCUACGCGUCGAAGACGAAGGGGAAGUUCUUCUCCGUAGAAACCGGUACCCAAACGAGCAAUUGA